AUGUGUCAUUAUUGCCUCUACCGAAACCGUUCGCAUCGAGUAGCCGACAGACGGUGGUCUGUCGAUGAGGUCGGCUCCUGCGUCAAGGCGGCAGACGGCAACCCGACAUCGGAUGCAUCACCCGCAGAAGACGUCUGCACCGCGAUGUUCGGCAUUGAACUGCAGUAUCACCUGCAGCAGGACGCCGGACCGCCGAAAUCACCUUGA